AUGCGGGGCUCAGUGCAGCGGUUUGUCAAGCGUGGGACGCGGGGUAUUGGAGCUAUUGCCGCUGGCGCUACAAUAUCAUCCAGAGCAACGCCCCGACCCCGAGACUUUUGGCCACUCGAUUCUACUUCGCAUCUCCUUUUUUUUUCUUCCUCUUCUCUCAGAGCAGCGUCUUCUAGUGACGACAAAUCACCAUCCACAUCAACUCAAUCCCAUCAAUCCAAGCAGGAAGAUACCCAAGCCCAUACAGCUGCAAUCAUGGGUGAAUGUCCAAUUCGCACCGCCAACGUUGCUGGUGGCGGCACCAGCAACCGUGACUGGUGGCCCAACGCCCUCAAGCUCAACAUCCUUCGCCAGCACACACAAGCCACAAACCCAUACGACCCCGACUUCGACUAUGCCGAAGCGUUCAAGAGCCUCGACUAUGAGGGCCUGAAGAAGGACCUCCGUGCCUUGAUGACCGACUCUCAGGAGUACUGGCCUGCUGAUUUUGGCCACUAUGGUGGUCUAUUCGUCCGUAUGGCCUGGCACAGCGCUGGUACAUACCGUGUCUUUGAUGGCCGCGGAGGCGGUGGUCAAGGUCAGCAGCGCUUCGCCCCCCUUAACAGCUGGCCCGACAACGUCUCUCUCGACAAGGCCCGCCGCCUGUUGUGGCCUAUCAAGCAGAAGUACGGCAACAAGAUUUCGUGGGCAGACCUUUUGCUGCUCACCGGAAACGUCGCACUCGAGGACAUGGGGUUCGACACUUUUGGCUUCGCCGGUGGCCGUCCCGAUACCUGGGAGGCUGACGAAUCCACAUACUGGGGUGGUGAGACAACCUGGUUGGGCAACGAGGUCCGAUACUCUUCGGGCAACGAGGGUCACAAGGACUCGGGCGUCAUCGACGGCUCCGAGUCCAAGAAGGGCCACAAAGACAUUCACACACGCGACUUGGAGAAGCCUUUGGCAGCUGCCCACAUGGGCUUGAUCUACGUCAACCCAGAGGGCCCUGAUGGAAUCCCGGAUCCGGUUGCUGCCGCACGGGAUAUCCGCACUACCUUCAGCCGCAUGGCCAUGAGCGACGAAGAGACCGUCGCUCUGAUUGCAGGUGGCCACACUGUGGGCAAGACUCACGGUGCGGCACCCUCUGACAACGUCGGCCCCGAGCCCGAGGCCGCCUCUAUCGAGAACCAGGGUCUUGGUUGGUCCAACAAGCACGGUUCUGGCAAGGGCCCUGACACCAUCACCAGUGGUCUCGAGGUCAUCUGGACCAAGGAGCCCGUCAAAUUCACCAUGAACUACCUCGAGUACCUCUUCAAAUACGAGUGGGAGCUCACCAAGAGCCCUGCUGGUGCCAACCAAUGGGUUGCCAAGGAUGCCGAGGAGUUUAUUCCUGAUGCUUUCGACCCCAACAAGAAGCACAAGCCAAGGAUGUUGACUACCGAUUUGUCGCUGCGCUUUGAUCCCGAGUACGAGAAGAUCUCUCGCCGCUUCCUCGAGAACCCAGAGCAGUUCAAGGACGCCUUCGCCCGUGCUUGGUUCAAGCUCCUGCACCGUGAUAUGGGCCCCCGUAGCCGCUGGUUGGGUCCCGAGGUCCCCAAGGAGGUUCUCCUUUGGGAGGAUCCCAUCCCCACUCCUGAUCACCCCAUCAUCGACAGCAGUGACGCCGACAGCCUGAAGAAGGCUAUCCUGGCAACUGGUGUUGCUCCUUCCAAGCUCAUCCAGACUGCAUGGGCUUCUGCCUCGACAUUCCGUGGAGGUGACAAGCGUGGUGGAGCCAACGGUGCGCGCAUCCGACUUGAGCCGCAGAACAAGUGGGAGGUCAACAACCCGCCGCAGCUUGCCGAGGUACUUAAGGCUCUUGAGGGAGUCAAGGCAGACUUCGAAAAGAGUGGCAAGAAGGUCUCACUUGCCGACCUGAUUGUUCUUGCUGGAUGCGCUGCCCUCGAGCAGGCUGCUGGUGUUCCUGUUCCAUUCACCCCGGGCCGUGGUGAUGCUACUCAGGAGCAGACGGAUGUUGAGAGUUUCACCCACCUUGAGCCGGCAGCUGAUGCUUUCCGCAACUACGGCAAGGGAACUUCUCGUGUCUCAACCGAACAGAUGAUGGUGGACCGCGCGCAGCAGCUCACCCUCACUGCACCGGAGCUGACUGUGCUUGUGGGAGGUCUUCGUGUCCUCGGGGCCAACUACGACGGCUCCAGCCACGGAGUCUGGACCGACAAGCCGGGCAAGCUGACCAACGACUUCUUUGUCAACCUUCUCGACCCCUACACGUCGUGGAAGUCUGUCGACGGCGAAGUCUUUGAGGGCACCAACAGCAAGUCUGGCAAGAAGAUGACUGGCACUCGGGCGGACCUCGUUUUUGGUUCGCAUUCUGAGCUCCGUGCCCUCGCCGAGGUUUACGGUAGCGCUGACGGUCAGCAGAAGUUCACCAAGGACUUUGUGGCCGCUUGGGACAAGGUCAUGAACCUUGACCGUUUCGACGUGCGCCGGGGGAUCUACCACGAGACGAGACUGAAAUCCAAGUUAUGA